AUGCCAAACCAUAGGCCGCUCCGUGUGGUCAAGCAGAUAACGACAUCGUUUCAAAAAGAGCAAUGUCGGUGCUACUCUGCCCCAGUCGACUCUGCUAUACCAAGCAAUAAGGUCAAAUAUGUCCCAACCUCGGGUACAUACCCGAAAGGCUUCAGAGUUUCCGCUACGCACGUCGGCGUCAAACCGUCCAACACAAGCAAGCCUGAUCUGGCAUUUAUAGCCUCUGACAUUCCUGCAGCUGGCACCGCAGUCUUCACAAUGAACAGAUUUCAAGCUGCCCCUGUACAGGUGAGCCGCGAUAUUUUGAACUCUCGUCAUGGAGCUGGCAUUCGAAGUGUUGUCAUCAAUUCUGGCUGCGCAAAUGCAGUGACAGGUAAAGGUGGCCUUGAAGAUGCUCGGGCCAUGGCCAGGACAGCAUCAAGCAUGUUCGACAAUCAAUCAGGCAACGAUGACAGCGUGCCUAAUUCCGUUGUGAUGUCCACUGGGGUCAUUGGGCAGCGACUACCUAUCUCAAAGAUCAUCAACAACAUUGGUACUGCUUACGCGAACCUUGACAAUAGCCAUGAAGCUUGGCUUAAUACUGCCAAGGCCAUCUGCACAACUGACACAUUUCCUAAAUUGCUCAGCACAACCUUUACGCUCCCUGGUCCUGCCCACAAAGGUGUAGAAUACCGGAUGGCAGGCAUGACAAAAGGAGCUGGUAUGAUCCACCCUAAGAUGGGAACACUGCUAGGUGUCGUCUGCACUGAUGCACCUAUCACUCCAAGUGCUCUUCGAGCUCUGCUGCAAACCGCAAUGCAGGCCACUUUUAAUCGUAUCUCUAUCGAUGGAGACACUUCCACAAACGAUACUCUCGCGAUGCUUGCCAACGGUGCUGCCGCAUCUGCAGAUACGCCACCCAUUCAGCCGAAAGACGAGGCCUGUGAACAUUUCCUCCCCAUACUCAAGUCCUUCUUAUAUCGUUUGUCUGAUCUCGUCGUCCGUGACGGUGAAGGCGCGACCAAGUUUGUCGAAGUUCGCGUUCGAAAUGCUUUAACAGUACUAGAUGCCCUCUCUAUUGCGAGCUCAAUUUCACGAUCUCCACUAGUCAAAACAGCCCUUUAUGGCAAGGACGCGAACUGGGGCCGUAUACUGUGUGCCAUCGGCUAUAGUCAGCUUGAAUCUCCAGAAUCAAUCAAUCCGGCAACUACGAAUGUCUCCUUCAUACCAGCAGACAAUAGUGCGAGUAAAGAUGAGGGAGUGUUGAAGUUGCUGGUGAAUGGAGAGCCAGAACUGGUCGAUGAAGAGCGAGCGGCGAGAUUAUUGGAGGAUGAGGAUCUUAUUAUCGACAUCGACUUGGGUGUUGGAGAACAGGCGGAAAGCUAUCGAUUUUGUGACUUCAGUCACGAGUAUGUCACUAUCAAUGGGGAUUAUAGAACGUGA